UCCGCUGUUUGGAAAAAUCACAGUAACCUGCACAACAAAAUUUUUUGUAAAUUUGAGAAGUAUCGGCUGCCAUCCGAGGUACUCCGGAAAAUAUGCCACCUGUACGAACUCGCACGGAUACGAGAGGGAGAAAGGAGUACACACGGAGCUUCAUAACGCCUUCCAGGGGCAGGGGAAGGAAACGAAGGAGGGAGGGCGAAAGGACAGGACCACAUGGCGAUCACACGCAACAUGGCGUCGACCAAAUUCCCACACCAGCGGGGGCCAUCGUCAAUGUGGCCAGUCAGAGCCAGCCUCAUGGAGACGAAUUGGUCGGGAUAACUACAAAUCAGGAAAUUGGUUCAACCAUGCAUGCAACUUGUGUGAUGGGAGACAUGCAGCAUCCAUUUGCGAGAGCACUAAACAAUUCUAGCCUUGUAUCAUCAAUUUGUACACUGGGGAAAACUCCUAUUAAUGUUAACAGAUUGUCUCACUACACUACCUACAUUAAUUUAUUAUAA